AUGACCUCCUCGGCGGACAGCCGGUCAACCUCAUCCGACGAUGCGACCCCGGAAGAAUUCUGGCUCUACGGAUACGGGCAAGUUCUUUUCCCUUUCCCUUCCCAUCCUCACCACCGGCGCAUACCAGGCUACGUGACCGGCUACGUUCGCCGCUUCUGGCAGGUCCCGUCUCCCCCUCCCCAAAUCUUUUCUUCUUCCACUGACACAUUCUCACAGGCAAGCGAGGACCACCGCGGCACGCCCGAGGCCCCCGGCCGCGUCGUCACCCUUAUCGAGCGCUCCUACUGGUCCUCCCUGACCGACCACCACCACGACUCUGCUCCCGAGCGCGUCUGGGGCGUCGCCUACCGCAUACGGCCCGACCGCGUCGCCGAGGUUCGCGAGUACCUGGACAUUCGCGAGAUCAACGGCUACUCCAUCCACUACGCGCCGUUUCAGCCCGCCGCCGCCGAUGCCGAGCCGAUCCGGGCGCUCGUCUACAUCGGCACGCCGGACAACGCCCAGUUCGUCGGCCCCCAGGACCCCCAGGCGCUCGCCGAGCACAUCUUCCGCAGCAGCGGGCCCAGCGGGCCCAACAAGGACUACCUCCUCGGCCUGGACGAUGCCCUGGCCGAGCUCUCCCCGGAGAGCGGCGACGAGCACGUGGCAGACCUCGCUCGACGUGUUCGUGCCUUGGAACAGGCCAAAGCCGCCGACGGGUAA